CUCCCGCCCGCGGCCUAGGGCGGGCGGGCCGGCGCAGGCGGCGGCGGCGGCGGCGGGGGGCGGGCAGGGGCGGCGCUGCCUGCGCCCGGCUCGGCGCGGCGCGGCGCGGCUCGGCGCGGAGCGGCCGCGAUGGGCGCCUCGGCGGCGGCGGCGGAGGAGGAGCGGCGGCAGCAGCGGCGGCGGCGGCGGCGGCGGCGCGGGGAGCUGCUGCGGGGCCAGCUGGGCGCCCUGGCCGCCCUGGCGCUGCUGCUGGCCGGCUGCGCGGCCGGCCGCGGCGGUUAUGAUGCCCUGAGCUAUUCUGUGGAAAAUAAUGACAAAUGGAGUGGGAGAGGGCUACUGCAAGCAGAUGAGGAGAACACGACUGAAGUCCCAGAGGAUGGGGGGCAGCCAUAUGUCAGAAAUUGCACUGAACCAGCUCUCCAUGAAUUCCCCAAUGACAUCUUUACGAAUGAGGACAGGAGGCAUGGAGCUGUCGUCCUGCAUGUCCUUUGUGCCAUGUAUAUGUUUUAUGCUUUGGCAAUCGUCUGUGAUGAUUUCUUUGUCCCUUCAUUGGAAAAGAUUUGCGAACGCUUGCAUCUUAGCGAAGAUGUGGCUGGGGCAACUUUCAUGGCAGCUGGAAGCUCUGCUCCUGAGUUGUUUACAUCUGUCAUAGGUGUUUUUAUCACAAAAGGAGACGUGGGUGUUGGAACCAUCGUGGGCUCUGCUGUAUUUAACAUUCUCUGUAUUAUUGGUGUAUGUGGGCUUUUUGCAGGACAGGUCGUUGCAUUGUCGUCAUGGAGUCUCUUGAGAGAUUCAGUCUACUAUACACUGUCCGUUGUUGCACUCAUUGUGUUUAUUUAUGACGAAAAAGUUUCUUGGUGGGAGUCCUUAGUCUUAGUGCUGAUGUACGCCAUCUACAUCAUUAUCAUGAAGUACAAUUCUACCAUACAUCACUGCUUCGAAAGGAAGACAAAAAGUGCUGCAAAUAUGGUGAACGGAUUAGCAAAUAACACAGAAAUGGAUGAUAACAGCAACUGUGACGCCACGGUGGUAUUGCUAAAGAAAGGUAACUGUUCCAGGAAUUUCCACCGUAAAGCCUCAGUGAUCAUGGUGGAUGAGCUGCUGUCUGCCUACCCACACCAGCUUUCAUUUUCUGAGGCUGGGCUCCGGAUCAUGAUAACCAGCCACUUUCCUCCCAAAACCCGUCUCUCUAUGGCCAGCCGCAUGUUGAUCAAUGAGAGACAAAGGCUGAUCAACAGCAGGGCUUACACCAAUGGCGAGUCAGAAGUAGCAAUCAAAAUACCUAUCAAGCAUGUUGUUGAGAACGGAACAGGUCCAAACAACUCCACCGAGCGGGGCAUGAAUGGCACACGGCGAGACGAAGACAUGGCUGAGGCUGGGAAUGAGACAGAGAACGAGAAUGAGGAUAAUGAGAACAACGAAAAUGAUGAGGAAGAGGAAGAAGAAGAUGAUGAUGAUGACCAUGAAGGGCCAUACACACCUUUUGACCUACCCACUGGCAAGACUGAAAUCUUGAAGUGGCUCUUCACAUGGCCGUUGAGUUUUGUCCUGUACUUCACAGUGCCCAACUGUAACAAACCCCACUUGGAAAAAUGGUUCAUGGUUACCUUUGCUUCUUCUACCCUCUGGAUUGCAGCUUUCUCCUACAUGAUGGUGUGGAUGGUUACAAUCAUUGGCUACACACUGGGUAUUCCAGAUGUGAUCAUGGGCAUCACCUUCUUGGCAGCAGGAACCAGCGUGCCGGACUGCAUGGCCAGCCUUAUUGUAGCAAGGCAAGGUAUGGGGGAUAUGGCUGUGUCCAACUCCAUCGGAAGCAACGUUUUCGAUAUUUUAAUUGGCCUAGGCCUUCCAUGGGCUUUGCAGACCCUAGCAGUGAAUUAUGGUUCAUAUAUUCGGUUAAACAGCAGAGGACUUAUCUAUUCUGUUGGUCUCCUGCUGGCAUCUGUUUUUGUCACAGUUUUUGGCGUCCACAUGAACAAAUGGAAACUGGAUAAGAAGCUAGGGUGUGUGUGCCUUUCCCUCUAUGGCAUCUUCCUGUGUUUCUCCAUCAUGACAGAAUUCAAUGUUUUCACUUUUGUGAACUUGCCAAUGUGCAGAGAUCACUAAUGCAGGUGGCAGACUGUCGGGAGGAACUUCCCUCUUACCUGUGCAAUACAAACCACGGCUGGCAUCUCCUGAACGCGGUGCACCUCCGAGUCGUGAAGUCUGUCCUGUUCACUGUUCAUAGGACCCUUGGCCCCAUCUCGGUUUACCCUCUCCCUGACCCCCACAACCUGGAAAAAUCCUGCAUCGAUGUGAAGAUUAUUAUUUUUUUCAGCAUUCAUGUGAUUUCCUAGCUCAGUUUUUGAACAGUGAUUGGGACUCUAGAUGAACUGGCUGCUAACUGGCGUUAAGCCAGGCAAAACUGGUCUGCUACAAUUCCUUCUUUUUUAAGUUAUUUGAUGGAAGACUAAUCUAAUUUAUGACUUAAGACUAUUGCUAGAAUACAGAAGAGGGUACAUCGUACCGGGGCUGAUUUUCAAGGAGAAUCAUGGGAAUCUUUUGGUUGUUUGGGGGGUUUUUUUCGUUUGUUUGGGAUUUUUAUUGUCAGCGAUCAACAGCCUCUCUUGCAGCUUCUCCUUCUGAGCGCUGGAUUUCCUGUAACGAUCCAGCGGUCACAGGGCAGUGUGUGAUGGGAAUUCAAUUCAAGGUACUCGGCAUACGAGUGGAUUUACUGCUUACAAAAAGAAGAUUGGCAAGGCAACAGGCAGUGACUUUUUACUAAAGAGAAUGCGUCGCGUACAGGUGUGAUGAGGAACGCAAGGUGAACAUGGAUGCAAAGGGUAAACACUGCUACCAUUUUCAUUAUUAAUGUUGGAGUUUCAUUGCUAGGGUGUUGUUGGUAUUUCCAAGCAAUAGUUUGAGUGCCAGCCCAGGAGGGCUACCAAGGAGGUGUCCUGGUUUUUAACAAUCCACACAUGGAAAUGGAAGGUCAGAGCCUUCUUUGCAUCAUCAGAUUUCCUGUAGUUCUGGGGGGAUUCAAUAGCUCACAUCUUACUUGUUCUGAGAAGGACAUAAAUAUGUGUCAAAACUUUUCUAAAUGAGUUACAGACACUGGUUUCUUUAAAAGGAAAGAGGCAUAUUUUGCACAGACAUAGUUACUGAAGUCAUAAUUUGCCACUCUUUAAGGAAUACACUGGACCUGGCCAGAUAUUUUUCUUAAACAGUUGAACUUACCUGAUAACACAUCAUGUGGACUCAUCACACCUCCUGCGGGAGGGCAGAAGACAGAGAGAGAGAGAGAUGGCACUUUCAAAAUGUGGAAUAUCUUUAACGCAGACUGGCUCACAGACCUAAGUUAUUGUGAAAGUUUAGCUAUUCAUUGUUCCAGUAUCCCUGCUAGGUUUUGUAUAACGCUAUAUUAAUACGCAGGCAGUUUCCACCCCAUGAGAAACACCGUCACUGCUACAUUUGUAUGUAUUGAUGCUGUGGAUUCUUGCCAGUGCUGGCUGUUGUAUUUACUUUAAGCACUGAUCACUUCUGAUUCAUUUGGUAUGUUUUUUCCUCUUUCUUGUGUAUGUUCUACUACACAGUGUAAUAAGAUACUACCAGCUAGGUGAAUGUUUUUGUCUAUGGUACAAACAGUGGCAAAUAUUGGUAGUCAAGGCACAGCGAACCCUAGGUAAAAAGAAACAAAAAAUCCCUAAACUAAGCCGUAGCAGGAAAAAAACCUCCAACCAAAAAAAAAAAAAAGAAAAAAGCCCCAUUCACACACAACAAGCCGAUAUCUCAACUCAUUUGCACUUUUGCACUUGAUGAUUUCAGCUUAAUUUUCUUUGGGCAAAACGAUGUAAAGCAAAAGAUUUACCCGCUGUGGUUUCCCUUCAGCUCAGCACCUUAUUUUCUUUCUUUGUUGCGCUCUAUGUGCGGGGGCAUUGGCAGCCGUUGCACUGCGUGCGUUGGGGGAGUCCAGGGGAAAAAGCCAUGUACUGCCAGCCUGGGUGACUAAAACGUGCAGGGGGGUCCCUGCAGGGAAGAAGGAAGGAUUUGGGGACAAGGACGAGAGAGAGUCCGUGACGCUCCUGCACCGCUUGUCGUUCUGGGAAAUAAUUGUGUUGCUCCCCGUUGCGCUAUGCAGCCUCUCAUCACUGCGCCUGCUGGAGGCCCUUGCGCAUUGGGAAGCCCCAUGUACCUUCUCGUUGCUUCUUUCAUUUAGUGAAUGAGAUUAGUAAUAAGAAUAAUAAUCACUAAAAUGCCUAAAAUACUUCCUUAAAUCCAACAAUGUUAGCAACAAUGUGGCACACUUCAAUAAAAUCCACCCGCAAGCACACAGCUGUAAUCUCAUAGCAAGACGCAGCUGCUCCUAAGCAGAAUGUUUCCUUGCUGACAGAAGGGACAGAUUUGGGGAAGGAAAAAAAAGUUUCACAUCAGGGCCUAUUAUUACUUCUAUUUUGAAUAUUUAUACUGCUGCUCCAAUGGAGCCAGUUGGAUCUAUUUCUACGAAAUAGCCAUUACCUAUCCCAUGGCACAAAAACUGCAUGAGUAUUUUUUUAGGAACUUUUCCUAUUUGGUGUGCAUUAAAUACUGUAGUAUAUUGUAGCUUUGCAUUGUACGUGAAACCUGAAAUACCUUGUUUUGAAAUUUGUGUGUUGUGCAAAAAUGUUCUGCAAGUUGUUUGUUCUAAGCAGAAGCAAAAGGUCCAUUUAACUGUGCCAUAAGCGACUUGAUGAGCACUUCCUAGCUGGACAGUUUCGGUGAGAUGUGCUUACAAUUUGCAGCCAAAUCGACCAGUGCAGACCUGGUUCGUAAGAGAACAGACCAGUUGAAUGUGCGCAUUCUUGUUUUUGUUUCCAGAAAAGAGUUUGUUAGCAUAAUCAAAGCCUGUGGAAAAGUCCCCAAAGCAAAAAUGUAAGCAAUUCUUAGCAUCCUUCCUCUAUGACCUCUCCAGAACACAAGUACAUGGCUCUGUGCAAAUGCAGGGCACAUUAACAGCUUUACUCUACUGAGCCAAAAAGAGGUCUGAGGGGCUUUUUUUCCUCCUGACAUUAAAGUUUGAAAGUUGUGGGCUCUGCAUGGGGGGCAGAGGAGGCGCCCACACGGGAGCCCGCAGCUGGUCCUGGGAAUGGGGCCAUGGGACCUGCGCCCGGGGGCAAUGCGGGAUGGCACAGGGAUGCUGCGGAGAGGCCCUGUGCUUUGGGAUUUGCGGGAAGGUGGGGUGAAGUGAGGUGGGUUUCUUUUUCUCUCUCUCUCUCUCUCUCUCUCUUUGAAAUGCCUGUGAUUCAUUUGGGGUUUUGUUCUUUUGAAAACGAGGGUCACCUUCAAGUUUGAGGCUGCCCUGAUCUCGGGACUAGCAGAGUAUUUUUAUUUCCAUUCCUGGUGGUUGCAGACAAUGCUUAAUGAACAUUUCCAGGGGAGAUUAAAGAGCCUUUCCCUCAGUGGAGAGUGCUUCUCUGCAGCUCUAACUUUGACCUGAUUCUGUUCUGGCUGAUAUUAAAUACGUGAUCCCGUGCUGGUUUCAACUCUGCUCGACAUGCAGAUAGUCGCCCUUUGACAGCCGUUAAAAGCCCAAAGAAUCUGAUCAGAGGAGGUCUUACGACACGCUGGAAAAAUUGCUUUUGUCCCUACCAAAGCUGAAUUUUGUACUUUUUUUUUUUUUUUUUUUUUUUUUUUUUUAAGAUUUAGUGCACUUUUUGGUGGGUUGUUUCUGCUGUAGGAACACCGACCUGAAACGUGUGCGGGAAGGACAGUGUAAUUUGGGUCUUUUCCUGUGUUGCUACCCUGCUUUGGUCUCAGCUUUCUGUCCUCAUCUGUGUCACUGAAAUCAAUGUAUUAGCAUACGCCGGAGCUGAGAUGUUUGUGCUAGUGCAAACAAAUGCUCGUUCCCCACGUGCAGCUGCUGCGUGAUGGCUUUUUUUCUUUUUCUUGGGGAACCAAAUCAAGGAAGAACAGCAAUACAGUUUUAGAAACACAACAUUCAAUUUAGGUAGAGUGGCCUGAGGGUAACAUUUAGCAUACUGCUGUCAAGCCAGGAAUUUUUAUGUCUUUUCCUGAUAACCAUAUUAAUACUUGUAAGAAAAAAUGUAGACUGAAUAUUGUUGGAUAACUUUUUAGAAAAACAUAACUUUCUGAUGACUGACAAAUAUUUCUUAUACCAAGACUUUUUGGAAGCCCUAAUCUUUUCAAAUUAAUCUCACAGAGAUGCUAUAGGAUCAGAUGUAUCCAUUUCAAAGUUGCACUAGUGGAACUUUAAACUGGUUCAAAUAUAUACUUUAAAAAUCGAUCUCAAUGGACACUCCUUAGCUGGAUUUAAAUCUGCCCUGUAUUCAUGAAAUUUCACUUGAUCAGUAACUGAUUUAAGUUCCUGUAAAAUAGAAUUAAAUCUAGGCAAGAAUGUCCAUAUUGGGUUUUGUAUGACUUUAACUGAAUCAGUUUAAAACCACACUUUCAAGGAAGUUUGAAUAUACACAAAACUUCAGCCAUUUUGCUUCAGAUUUAAGGCACUACAGAGUUUGGAUAAGCCAAAUGAGUAUACUAUAUUUAAUGCAAGGCCCAAAGGUAACGGAAAGCAGCUUUCAGCAUUCACGAACUGAGGGAAAAUUGCCCUCUACUGAAAUUAAUGGCUAAACUCCAGUGGAUAUUUGUAGGGGCCAGGACUUUAUUCUGCAUAUGUCUUUGCAGCAGUAAGUCCUGAAAAGGGCUGUUUAAAAAGAAAAAAAAGAAAAAAGAAUGAAUCAUUUUAUUUUUAUUUUCUAGUCUGAAUAAAUAAAUGAGUAAUUAUUAAUAUGACUAGGCACCAAUAAGCAGAUGUACCUGAAUAUUCUGUUAGCAGCGAGCACUUAGUGGCCUCAAAUCUGAAGCAUAUUUCAUAAAUGCAUCUACUUCCAUCCAGGCUGCUCAGACUUGUUGGGCCAAAUCUCCAGAACUAGAUCUCAGGAGUGGACAAAUCCAUGCCUUUUGGAAAAGUCGUAUUUAUUCACAGGGCAGCAAUCAGGGAAGCAAAUGGUGGUUGGUUUGAUUGCACACCGGGGAAUGUAAUUUGACUGGGAGAUCUGUUACUCACCACCCUGAAACAGCCUGAGAUCUAGGCCAAGUUAUCCAAGUUUGGGCAGAAGCAUCUAAUUUCAGGAAAGCUUCUAAAAAAGCACAAUUUGUGUAAAGCUCCAGACUUUAUAAUGUAUUUAUAUAGUUAAAAGAGUUUUAUCGAGGCAUAUUUUAGGUAGUAUUUUUUGUUUUACUUUUUCUAAUAGCCUACAGAACAAGUUUUAAAACUUCCACACCAAAAAAAACCCAGCAGAAAUCCUGUCAGUAUUAUCUUCUUACACAGGGUGGGAUUUGAAUGGUGCUAAAAAUCAACAUGGAAAUUUUUAAACAAUUUAAUGUAACCUGUUUAUAGCCAGUUGGGGGAAACAAAACCUAACAUUGCAUGCCUGAACCUACAGGAAUAGUUGUAACUGGUAAUGCAGAUUUACUUAAGCAUCGAGUAUUUGCCUUUGAGCUUUUCCAUCAGCACAUCUGGCAGAUGAAACAAGUAACUUGUAUUUCCAGAGGAAUAAUCUCCAUUACUGGACAUUAUGUUGCUCUCCUGCUGUAAGGAAAGAAGGGGGCUCCUGGUACACACCACCUCUCUGUUACUUAUAUUUCCCUGCUAACAUGGAAUAAUACUUGCUCUUUUGUUUUGUAUUAAAUACACAGAUUUCCCUUUAAGACCAAGUAUUACCUUAAUUCUGAUCAGUACUGCCUCCCAGCAGAUAUUGGUGUGAGUGAGGAAGCAGAAGCUCUGUUGGCUUCCUUCGUGUAGAAAUAGUAGUUUAACUGGGGCAAGAGUUACCUGCAGAAGUGUUUUGCAAAGGAAGAGGCCAGCAACGUAAGCAUGCUUUAGUAAUCUUGGGCAUGUUACCACUAGGCAGCUCCGCUGGUAGGAAUGAGAAAUAAGGACCUCUGUAUUCAUUCAGUGAGAUCUGAAUACAAGGGCCCAUGCCUGUGCUUAAGUGUUUUGCCAAAAAGUUAAGUUUAGCAAAUGUUUGCUAUCAGCAGGGUUUCUUGAAACACUUCAGCAAACGCAACCCUUGCGAUCUAGGAGUGGGGGCUCUCCUCAGGAGCAGCGGCAGCAAAACAUGCCUGUUUGAUGGUGGAGGAAGUCCUGUAUCAGUCAUGAGCAGGUGACUCCAGCAAGGAGAGCCCUUACCCAACGUGCCUUGGGUUAAAAUAAGGAAAGUGGCUUUCAGAAGACUUUGUUGAAGUUUUAUUAGCCAUUCACCAGAAGUGAGCUCCUGAGAAGAGUUUUACUACUGACGCUAUUGAAGAAAGUAGAUUUUUCAUCUUAGAUUUUGGCAAGAGGUGGCCUGUCAUCUUCCUGUAGGCUGCUCCAGGAGGCCACAGCUGGUUAGUAGCUCUCCUCUGCGAAGUGGACCUGAUGCUAAGCUUAGUGGUGUUAAAAGCAAGUUGGGUUUUUUUUUUCCCCCACUGGCUUAAAAGCACUUUGGAUCACAUCCAGGGCAGUCUGCUGCUCAGGUUAUGUCGUGUUGCUUUCCCACAUCCUGCACACAGACAACUAGGGCCAGCAGGUCUGGUUAACAACCUGCACCAAAGGACUCUGUCUGGGAUAUUUUUUUUUUUUUUAGUUUAGAUUUUGGUGGUGGUGGUGUGUUUUGGGUUUUUUUUUUUUUUUUUUUUUUUUUUUUUUUUGGAGGGCCAAGUUUUCUUUUGGAAGAGAAGGAAAAAAUAAUUUUGCAUGCAACCUUUGCGCUAAGGUCCCACAGCAGCAGUUCUCUCUCAUGUCCCAGCUUCAUAUGUGACUGCAUCUGUAGGCUUAAAGAUUACGAAGAGUCACAUCCAAGCCUCACGGAUGUCAAUGGGAGUUGUGGCAUUGACUUCUCCUGAGGAAGCACUUGAAAUUAAGUUGAAAAUCCUAUUACAAAAACAUGCUUUUACAUCCUGACUUCGACUCCUGGUCCAACUUGUGUGUAUAUAUCUAAUUAAUUACUCUUGGCAGAAUGGUGGUGAAAGCAAGUUUGCAGGACCUGGUCCUUUAUUAGCAUCCAUGCCACUUCCUCUUGCCUUCGCUCUGUUGAGGACAGUCUUUGCUGAGAAAGGGUUAAUAUUCUCUGGGAUGGCAGAGAAGGGAGCUGGUGGGGGAGUAGGAUGCCUCACAGUGGCUACAGAAAUCAAAUGCACACGGCCAGCUGCCUUCCGGCCAUGACAGCCUUAGAGUUACCUCUUCCUAUUUUCUUAGCAAAUGCUAAAAGUAGCAAGAACUAAGCUGUAGGGUGAAGGGAAAAGGGAAUAAGGCUGGGGGAAGGCAAGGGAGGAGAUGCAUCUUCUCAAUCCUUUGAACGAAGAGGGCCUGAAUUUUCCUCAUGUAUCUGCAAAUGUUUGACGGCACCUUCCCAUCCCGCAUUGAGGGCGCAAGUGUGCAGAGGGGUGCCGCUGUGCCAGAGGAUAAGGUUGUGACCCGUGUCCACCCUGUUGGCAAGUGCCUUCCCUCUUGGCUGAAGGUUGCCACCCGUCUGGCAGAGCUGCGCUCUGAUCUGUUUGUCACAGUACCUGGAGGGCAUCUAAGUGUUUCUACGGCAGCUACUUCUAGCAGCACAGCUGCUCGUGGAGGGCACCUCUGCCCCAGCCCUAAGUCUUGGGUGUAGGAGGACCUCUGAUACAGCUUGAGAGAUGAAGAUCUGCAGAUACGGUUUGAACGUUGUGAAGCACCAUGAAAUCUUUGUCAAAAGCAGCCCUCCCUGUGCACUCAGCACCCUGCUUGUUUGCUUGGGGUUUCAUCAGGCUCUCUGCGUUCCAAGGACUCAGGAUUUUGCUUCCAUUUUUUGUCUCGCAAGCUGAAACCCUCUGGCUUCAAUGGCUGACCCAUGCUGCUCUUAAAGCAGAAUUCAUGCGCUUGGCUAACAGAAAUAGGAUGCAGUUUUUGAUCCAGUAAAUUGAUGGGGGGAAAAUGCCAGAAGAUCUUUGAGAGACCAAUCUCAAACAGCCAGACUCCAAAAGAGUGUAAACCUACAGUCUGCCCUUAAAAUGCCCCAAACCAUUAAAAUAUGCAGUCAUUACAAAGUACCUGGAAAGACUUCCGUAGGAUGUCUUUUCAAAGACUCUUCAAAGGGAAAUUUGCACAGAUGGAGAUACUUUAUAUCUUCAGUGGCCUCAUCCCUGUCUGACUCAUUUAUAAAUAACCAUGUAUCCAUUCUGUCUAUUGUAAGAGGAACUAAAUGGAUGUGAUCCUGCUCAGUUUUGGUUUUUAUGUGCAAAGAGGCUGAUCAUACAAUAAACACAGUUGGUCUGAUUAGGGGGUUAUAGGUCUGACCCAGGCAUUUUAAGCUUUAGGAAGCCAAACUACAUUGUUUUCAGUAAGGGACUCAAGUCAUACGUGUAAGUUCAUUGGCAGAUUUUAGGCCUUAUUUUUUUAAAUGUAUAAAUAUAAAUUUAUAUCCAAGUAACUACAUAUAUACUUUACCUAGUAUGUCCACUGUUGUUGACAUAAAGCCCUGUGGUAGCUGGUUGCCAUCUGCAUAGGAAUAAAACCCUAUCAUGGCUACUGCUAAGAUGCUAAGUGAUGUCAGUAUUUAAGAUAGCUGCACACAUCUAUUUAUAAAUACAAGACAUGGUUACUAGUUUUUAUUUGUUUCCACAUUGUAUUAGCGAGGUAAUGUUAGUGGUGCAUGGCAGCUGCAUAUCUAUAAUAUAGCAGGUCAAAAGCUUGAACAGCUUAUCUUUGUACAUUCAGUAAUAUUUCUAAUUGUAAUUAUUAUUAGUCAUUCAAAAUUCCAGUUGCAUUUUCUGAAUGUAAAGACAGGUUUAAGAAAAAAGAGCAUGCAUGAAAGAUUGAGGAGAUCAAGAAAUUCUGCACUGAAGUAUUUAUACAUUUUAUUUAUUUAUUUAUCUUACACUAAGAGUUGAGCCCCUGGUUCAAGAAAGCAUUUCCCCAUGUUGGAAGAAGACUUAGGAUCCUAAUUUCAGCCCCCACCUGAAGGUAAGUCAGGUUUUCCUGGAUCAGGGACUAAACAGAUUAAGCCAUUAAAACAUUGUACCAUCCUUCUGAGUGGCCACAAAAAAGUGGCAAGACCUUCUCAGAUGCAUCCUGUAACUCUCAGCAUUAGAGAAGCUGAGGAACCAUGAGAGACCCGCAGAAAUGCUUCUGUAAUGCUCACCUCUAGUGAUCAUAGGAGUAGAAAUAUAUAAAUAGCACAUACUCAUUGCACUCUGUCAUGUUUGUAAUAUCACUGUCACUAGGUACCAUUUGCAGUAAUUAAAAGUCAUGUUUCAUAAGAUACCAACAAGUAGAUACCUUUUUUUCCCUUUGAUCUUCCUUCGCCAAGUUUUCCCCAGCUCCUUUUAAAACUAAAUGGCAAGUCAACUCUGGUUAAAUGUGAUGAUCUGUCUUUAAAACAGAUGUCACAUACUAGCAAAAGUUUGGGUGAAGCUGACAUUUAUUGUCACAGCUCCAUGGCAGGGUGAUAAUUGCUUACAGCAGGCAAGGAUCUCCCCCUCAAAAUCGUGCAGUAAAAGCAUCCCACCACUCACAGAUGUGAUGCUUUCCUGUUUCCUUCGACCUUCAUUGGUUUGGUUUGGUUUCGGGUACAUCCGUAGAUUGCUGUUGUAGACGAAUAUAUCACAUGUCAUUGCUAUUGGUGUGAAUUACAGUAGGGUUCAGUGUUGGGAAAUAAAAGAGCAAUACUGGAGUCAUUUUACAGACAAAGUAUUGGGGAAAAAAUCAGAAACCAGUUUUCGAAGGUCUUAAACACUUAGGGGCCGGUUUUCAGAUUAGAAAAGAAAAAAAUACUCCAUAUAUUGAAAGAUAAAGGCUGAUUUCAUAAAAUAAACUUUCAUAAAUAUUUGUAUAAUUUGCUUUCACUUGCAGUGAAGCUGAGAGCUUAGAUGAGUUCUAGCUAGAGCUGACUCUAGCUGAGUCCUACUAGAUACUCAGAAACCAAUCCCUUUCUUUCAGUAGUUCUCACUGGUGAGUCAAAACCUCUGAGCAUAAUAUGCAUUUCUUUAUCUCCAUAUUGCGAUAUGAAAUUGCAGAUGCUUAGGUCAAAAGAGCAUGCACACACCUUGAAUGACAAUGCUGAAUACAAUGAGAUUUUGAAAGAAACCCAUGCCAGAAGUUUAUAGAAUAACUUGGUUCUUAAGGAUUUGUUUUCAAAUGCAUGACAGAAGUAAAGGGUACAAAGUAGGAAUCCAUAUUUGUACAGCACAAGUGGAGAGCAAGUUCAAACAGAAGUAGUAGUGCAUCACGAAUCGUUGGUUAUUGUGUAAUUAAGAUACUGGCAAGUUUUGCAGGGAUUGCAUUUAUACGGAGAUUUGCCUGAAUAAUAUUUGACCUUUACAGCUCAUGUCCUCCCAAGGAAAGGCAUUUUUUCCCAGCGAGAAAUACAGUAUCCCUUUAUCAGGGAGAGGGGAAGAGCUCUGUCAAAAAUAACGUUUCUGACUCAGGUCUUACCCUAGCUGCACAAAUUUGCAUUAUCUAUCAAACAAAUGUGUGGGAAAACAUGCCAGUAGCUAUCUCCACACCUGAGAAAAGAACUGGGCCUUUGCCAUGCAGUGAAGCUUUAGGGACAAGUUGUACUCAAUGUGAGGAAUAGUUCGAUUGACUUCCUUAUCUGUCCUUGUAAAUAAAGAAAAGAUUACUAGGCCUGCAAGGUGGGCAGUGUCUGCAAAAAAAUAUUAAAGGAAUAAUAAAUUAUGUUAAUCCCCAUGGUGAAUGUUUGGUUUCAAUCUUGAAACCAAACUAUAAAAGAUUGGGGGGGGGGGGGUCCCUGCCUGGCAAAGUCCCGUGCAAUCUGAAAUCCAUCUGUAAGGGUAUGGAGGCAUUGCGAUGCUUCUGGCAUCAGUGCAGCUAUUGCACUGCAGUGAACAGGAGUGCGGGAGGGCAAGAUUGAUGCUUCUUCUCCAUCCCCAAUUAAACCAGUCAAAACCAUGGAGGUACAUAGAGCCACCCUGCCAGGUGCCAUUGCCUGCUGUGUACCAGCCCUGAACACACGCAGCUGUAGCAGUUCUUACACUGGUACGUGAGGAUUUUGCUAGAAGAGUGAGGUGAGCAGACAGACCUGUUAAGGCUCAGGUAUCUUGCACAAGAUUCACAGGCCCCUGCCUCCCCCACCUCCCCGGCUUACCGAGCAUUUUUGGGGCAGGCUUUCAUUAGCUCGGCACUCAAUA